AUGCCUCCUGCUUAUUAUGGAGAGGAAGGAAUGGGGCCUUUGGAGAAAGGACGGCAUCGUUACCAGAAAAAGAACUAUCAAGGAGCUUUGGUGGCAUUCACAGAGGCCGUGAAGAUCAGUACUGGUCAUCUAUUACUCACUGCUUUGAAUCAUCGUGCUGCUACAUUUGAGAAGCUGGAUCAAUUACAGUCAGCUCUUAAAGAUGCGAAAGAAAUGCUUGAAUUAAAGCCAGAACUUUCGAAAGGCUAUCUUCGAUGUGGAAAAGUUCUACAACUCAAAGGAGAGCAUGAACUUGCCUUGAAAAUCUACCAGCGUGGGCUUAGGAAGGUCAAAGUUGACACUGACAAAGACCGUGUGACUCUCCAAGCCAUGUUCAACAAAUUGCAAACAUCACAGGCCCCGAGUAAAUCACUAGAUCCGCUCGCAUAUCUGCCCUUCGAAUUGGCAGAAAUGAUAGCCCAACAACUUACCAUUCGAGAACGAGUGAUGUGUUUGACUGUCAGCAAGUCAUGGAAGCGGGUAUUAGAAUCUUCUCAUAAACUCUGGACUAUCCUCGACAUGACUAAUGUUAGAACUGAAAUCUCUCAUAAAGCUUUGAAGGCAUACCUUAAAAGAUCAAAGUAUACCCUAUAUGAAGCUAAUAUUAGAAAUGGUACACUCGCUGCACCAAAAUUGCGAUACCUCACUGUAACUUGUAAGGAAUUGCAACGCCUUACAUUACACGGCCAUAGAAUCAUUGGAGAAUCCUUAAUAUCGGCACUCCCCGAAGCCAAGUCAUUGCGAUAUCUGAACUCGCGUGGCUGUGAAAUCUCUUUUCGGACUCUCCUGGAAGCGUUACGGCAGGUGCAAGCAAGAAUUGAGGAAGUUAAAUUUUUUAAUGUCAGUUGUCUUUCUUCGGACUCCGCAUGCAUGUGGCCAAGGCUAGAAAACCUGCGGGUUUUGUAUGUGAGGAGAUAUCAGAGUAUUGGCAUACCGUUGAACAACUUAAUCGAAUCAGUCCCAAAUAUACAAACCUUAGCCUUGCAAGGAUUUUACUUAGCAAGUGCCGCACCACUGAAUUUGAGCGAGCUCAGAAGUCUGAAAGAUCUUGAACUCAAAGAUUGCGAUUUGAAAAUACUUCCAUUACUGCCCUCGACACUCAAGAGUCUUGCGCUGGAUAAGAACCUGCGAUUAUCAAAUCAGAAAGACGAUACCCUUCUUCUUCCUCUUCUGGAAACUUUCAGCUGUGAGACUACCGGACUUACCGAAGGCCUGAUUGUUUCCACAAUCAAAAGCACUUCAAAUCUAAAGCGCCUACUCAUAGGAAGUCGACUCGUCGGGGAUUAUGCUGUCGCUCAUCAUGAUUUUCCUUCAUGCGAUAGUAUCGAAGAAUUACACGUCAGCUAUCUACAGUACGAUGAACAAAACCUUAUAAAUCUCGUAAAGAAAUGUCCAAAUCUCAAAACGCUGGAUAUUAGCUAUACGAAAAUUACAGGUGUUGCCGUGAAACAAUUUGUGGAUCAGGGCAUCAAGCGGCUUAACUUGAGAGGUUGCGAUAAAGUGAGCCCAGAUGCUGUGGAAUUUGCUCGUGGGAAGGGUCUUGAUGUUACAUUUAACUUUGCGGCGGAUUUUGGAUCGACUUUUAGAGAUUCGUUUUAA